AUGGAUCAAGAUGAAAAGAAAACUAAGAAUCAAGAACAAGCGUUAGCUAAUCAAGGCAAAGUUAUCGAAGAACUUAGUCAAACUAAUAAAAAACUUCAAGCCGAAGAAACUAAGCAAAACAAAAAUUUAGAAAAGUUGGACGACAAAAUUGAACAUCGAGAAAAAGAAAUAGAAGAAGCUACGAAAAAAGAUGGCGUUGUCGAUGCUAUCAAAAAAAUUAAAGAACAAAUCGCUAACAACAACAAAAAUAUUUCUUCCAUUGGCUCAGGCUCUUCGAACAAAGACAAACAUCCAAUCAUGGAAUUUCUUACUUUGGAAAAUAUUCUCAUAGGCUUUGCUAUUUAUGCUUUAUGGCAGAUAGUUAAGGAUAAUAAAAGGGAUGAUGGAUGUAUCAAGCAAAUUAAAGAAGACUUGGAGAAAAUUAGAAAAAUAACUGAUUUGGAAGAAAAAUACCGAAAAGCACAUUUAGCCUGA